UCCGGUGCGGAGACCACACACCCCGACCCCUCCAGGACCCCAUGGCUGCUCCCGGGCCGGUGGAGCUGGGCUUCGCCGAGGAGGCACCGGCCUGGAGGCUGCGCAGCGAGCAGUUCCCGAGCAAAGUGGGCGGGCGGCCCGCGUGGCUCGGCCUGGCGGGGCUGCCGGGGCCCGGGGCGCUGGCGUGCGCGCGCUGCGGCCGCCCGCUCGCCUUCCUGCUGCAGGUGUACGCGCCGCUGCCCGGCCGGGACGACGCCUUCCACCGCAGCCUCUUCCUCUUCUGCUGUCGCGAGCCGCCGUGCUGCGCCGGCCUGCGAGUUUUUCGUAAUCAGCUACCGAGGAAAAAUGUGUUUUACUCAUACGAGCCACCUUCUGAGACGGGAGCUUCAGACAGUGGAGAAUGUGCGUGCCUCCAGCUUAAGACAGGAGCCCAUCUCUGUAGGGUUUGUGGCUGCCUGGGCCCUAAAGCCUGCUCUAGGUGCAAGCAGGCACAUUACUGCAGUAAGGAGCAUCAGACACUGGACUGGCGGCUGGGACACAAGCAGGCUUGUGUACAGUCAGAUCCUUUAAACCAGACAAUUCCAGAUCACAACUUCCUGUUUCCAGAAUUUGAAAUUAUAACAGAAGCAGAAGAUGAGAUUAUACCCGAGGCUGUAGAAAUGGAAGAUUAUUCUGACGUCACAGAAAGCAUGGGGAGGAUACCCGAGGAAGAACUAGAUUCCAUGGCAAAGCAUGAAUCCAAGGAAGAUCACAUUUUUCAAAAGUUUAAAUCCAAAAUAGCCCUUGAACCAGAACAGAUUCUCAGGUACGGAAGAGGUAUUAAACCCAUCUGGAUUUCUGGUGAAAAUAUCCCUCAUGAAAAAGAUAUUCCAGAUUGCCCCUGUGGUGCCAAGAGGAUAUUUGAAUUCCAGGUCAUGCCCCAGCUGCUAAACUACCUCAAGGCAGACACACUGGGCAGAAGUGUGGACUGGGGCAUCCUGGCAGUCUUCACCUGUGCUGAGAGCUGUGACCUGGGCACUGGCUACACAGAGGAGUUUGUGUGGAAACAGGAUGUGACCAAUACACCCGGACAAGGGCUAAAUCCUUAAAACCGUUCCUUAUGCCUCAGGACCCCACAAUUCCAUCUCUAGGACUUUAUCCUAAGAAAGUAGUUACCAAAGACUUACAUAAGUAUAAAAAUGUUGCUUGAUACAUUAUUUACAAUGUCUCUGUAUUACUAAAACAAGUGUCCAAGGAUGGGACUUUCAUUUUUUGUAUGUCCAUAAUGAAGGGUGACACUUGGUGCUACAGACAUACAUGGGUGCCCAGGGGGUACAGGGUAUCAUACCAGGAUGUCACACUUAUGUUGAUGGCAUGUUAAUAGACAUACAUAUAUGUGUACAUAGGAAUAAUCUGGAGAGAUGGCUCAGUUGAUUGUAAUUACUAUUAGUUAUUUUUUUGCCUGUGUGUUAGGUGCACCACAUAUAUGCCUGGUGCCUUUAGAGGCCAUAAGACAAUGUGGAGUUCCCCUAGAACUGGACUUAGACACUUGGGAGAUGCUAUGGGUGCUGGGAAUCAAGCCUGGGUCCCUGCAGGAGCAGCCAGAGCCAGCUCUCCAGCUGUUAAGAGGGCUUGCUACUCUUCCAAAGGAACCAAGUUCAGUUCCUAGCACCCAAAUCAGGAAGCUCACAGCUCCAGAGAAUCUGAUGACCUUUUCUGGCCCGUGGGCACCCAGUACAUGUGGCAUAGCUCAUACAGGUGCAUAGAACAUACAAAUAAGCAAAAACUAAAAAAGAGUAUCUGGGAAGGAGCCCUGUGUUUUCCUUCUGUAACCUGCCACAUGGCAGCACUUCCC